AUGCCGACCGAGAUCAGCGCUCCCUUACAUUUCCGCACCUUGGUGACUGGUCACACCUACGUUAUCGCUGAUUUCUAUGCGACAUGGUGCCCGCCCUGCAAAGCUAUUGCACCCGUCUACGAGCAACUCUCCAAAGCCCACUCUGUCCCAGGCAAAAUAUGCUUUGUCAAGAUCAACGUCGACGAACAGCAAGAAAUUGCGGCACAGAAUGGUAUUCAGGCCAUGCCAACAUUCUUGGUGUUCAAGGAUGGAAAGAAAAUCGAGGAAAUCAAGGGAGCUAAUCCACCAGCGCUGAAAAAGAUUGUGGAAAGAAUCGCUGGAGAGGUCAAGAGCGCGAGUGCGCAGCAGAAGUCGACCGCACCACCAAAGGCUACAGAGGAGAAGACGACCGAAUCAACAAAUGCCGCGGAAGAGAAGACUGUCAGCGGAAGCUAUGGCAUGACCAGUAACAAAAGCUGGAAAAUGUCGCUCAAUUAA